AUGAUCUCGAGAUCCGCCGUCUCAAGGGCAGGCCAGCUUGCCCUCCGGCGGCAGUCGUGCGCCCAGGCGCAGAGCCGCGGCUUCGCCGCUGCUGCUUCGUCGUCUGGCGCCUUCGAGCCGACCGAGGUGUCCGGCGUCUCCGUCGUGUCCAAGGAUGCCCAGGGCCCGUCCACGAAGCUCGCCAUCGUCGCCAAGGCCGGUACCCGUUACCAGCCCGCCCCCGGUCUGACCGCGGGUCUUGAGGGAUUUGCUUUCAAGAACACCCUGAAGCGCUCCGCCCUCCGCAUCACCCGCGAGACCGAGCUCCUCGGCGGCGAAUUGACCUCUUACCACACCCGUGAGGCCGUUGUCCUCGAGGCCAACUUCCUCCGCGAGCACCUGCCGUACUUCACCGAGCUUCUGGCCGAGGUUGUUGCCGAGACCAAGUUCACUGGUAAGCGCCGUCCUGAUGUGUUUUGGCGGGGAUGGAAAAAGGAAGAGAAGGAGAAAGGGGACGAGAAGACGUGGAGCAAACCAGAGCAAAGGGGGGCAUAA